CCGGAGCCUAGAAUCUUUGCGGCGAAGGGAAAAACAACGAAAAAUUGAUAUCGCCUGCUUUUUGAAACACACAUCCCAUUCCCGCCAUCGGUUUGAAAAUACUAAAAAUCGCAGUGCGCGGCCUGUGAGCAACACAAAGAUGAAUCUCUCGCACAGUGGUGCAGCACUCGCCGCCAUGGAUAAAGCUGGAUCUCCUGGUAUGAAACUAAGAGCCAUCACAAUGAAAUUACAACAGAUCACUCACUAUGCUGUUCUUGUUACAGUAGUUGCUAUGCUAUGAGGACCACACUUGUACACAUGAAUGCUGUAGCUCUAUUCCUACCUCUAGCUGGUGACGAAUAAGCCGGCUACAAGAAUUGCGUCAAGAGAAAAUAUGCUUGUUGACAAGGAGGCGCACGGAUCUCAGAGAAUUUCCAUGCAUCUCUCAAAUUUCAUUUCAGGGACGUACGCUGAGGCUCGGGGGCGAAAAAAGACGGCGGGCUGCGCUUCUCUGCCUUCCAUUUCCCUCGACUUCUUCACGACAAUCCCAAGUGGAGGACAUGAUCGGGACGACCGCUCGUCUGCCUCUCCCGCGAAAAAGUGUUAUGAAGAUCAACUCGGACUUUUUGAUGAAGCGGAAACGGAUGAGGGCGAGGAUUCCGACCAUUCGCCCAGCUGUCUCUUCAGUGACAGCGACGGCGAGGACGAGCUCGGGGGCAAUUUUUUCCUAACCGCGAACUACGCUGGGCCGACCUUCGGGGUACAAGCAGGAACCGCUACUGGUGCGCGGCAGCAGCAUUUACAUUUUGAUCUUCAGGACAGCGAGCUUGGAUUUUUCUGCGGAUCGCAUGGGCUGCUUAUGGACACCACCGGGAUCCCGUCGCCGCGCAAAAGAACCCGCGCAGCGUACCACAGCAGAAGUCCCGGCGAAGACGACGACUUCCUUAUCCUGUGCAAAAGUAUCGCACUCGUAUAAAUCCGACCUUUUCUUGCAUGAAACCUUUCUACAACUUCUCACGUACUUUUAGGCAACUUUCCCCCAACUUCUCACCAGCUUCCUCCUAACCUUUUCACCAACUUCCCAGCUGUUGAGAAAUUGGCGGGAGUCAGCGGGUGGGUUUGUUCGGGGGCUUGGUGCGGAUUUGAACUGUAGGCGUUCCAAUUUCUGUACCGCCAUGCAUUUGGCUGCUGUCUCACGAGUUUCCCGGAUCUCGAUUCGUGGCCGCGUGUGCCGUCACGAAUCAGUUUGGCCGUGCAUACUGCGGUCGCGCCUCUGCGCAAAUGUGAGCGCUGCGGGAGCUCCAAAACCUGCUUUUGCAGGAAGGUUUUGGGCUUUGAAAAGUGGUCUGUUGGCAAAAGCAGAGCAUCCUCUAGAUCAUGAAUUGCGCGACAACUUCUCAACAACUUCUCGCCAAAUCUGUCAGAUAUGUUGGCCGAGAAGUUGUUGAGAAGUUGUUGAGAAGCUGUUUAGAAGCUGUGGAGCAAAAAACGCGGCAUAUUGUGUAGGUUGCACGCAAAGCUGCGUUUUUUGGCACAAGAAAAGCAAAGGCGUUUGCGAAAUGAAUGAAUUUGAUUAAUAUAUUGGCCGAGAAGUUGUUGAGAAGUUGGCGAGAAGCUAGCUCCUGCGGCGUGCAGCUCCGGCUCCACAACGGCGCGCGCAGCUUCAUUUUUUUCCCGGUGUUUGCGUCUUUGCGUGCAGCCAUCACAGGCGCAACCUUUGCCGCCUUUUCUAUACGUUGCGCGCAUGGUGCCGUCGUGCGGACGUGCCGAACUGCGCUGCAGAUAAAUGGAAAGAAUGAGUGUGGCCGUCUUUCUACUAGCCUUAUCCCGCUUCCCGUGUCCAGUAUCCUGCAGACUUAAUAGUAUUCCGCUAGAUGAAUAGUAGCACAAACUCAGCGUCUAUCUGUGGAUAAUCGGUUCCGGCGCUUCAGCACAGGUAGGCCCAUCCGCCUGCGACUUUGAAAGCGCCAGACUGGCUUGGCCACGAUCCGGCACCGGCGCGGCUGGCAGGUUGGCCUUUGCCGCCAUCUUGCAUGCUGGCACCGGCGCGGCGGCCAUGGUCUGGCACCGGCUCGGCGGCCAUGGUCCGGCACCGGACUUCGCGGGUCCGGGGACCCCUGAGUUUGUCGCUCCGGUCCGGCGCAGCGACAAAUACGCGGGUCCGGGGACCCCUGAAUUUGUCGCUCCGGUCCGGCGCAACGACAAAUUGGCGGGUCCGGGGACCCCUGAAUUUGUCGCUCCGGUCCGGCGCAACGACAAAUUGGCGCGUCCGGGGACCCCUGAAUUUGCCGCUCCGGUCCGGCGCAACGACAAAUUUUGCGGGUCCGGGGACCCCUGAAUUUGUCGCUCCGGUCCGGCGCAACGACAAAUUAGCGGGUCUGGGGACCCCUGGAUUUGUCGCUCCGGGCCGGCGCAACGACAAAUUGGCGGGUCCGGGGACCCUUGGAUUUGUCGCUCCGGUCCGGCACAACGACAAACUCGCGGGUGGACCCCGGAAUUUGUCGCUCCGGUCCGGCGCAACGGCAAACUCUCGGGUCCGGGGACCCCUGAAUUUGUCGCUCCGGUCCGGCGCAACGACAAAGUGGCGGGUCCGGGGACCCCUGAUUUUGUCGCGCCGGUCCGGCGCAACGACGAAAUGGCGGGUCCGGGGACCUCUGAUUUUGUCGCUCCGGUCCGGCGCAACGACAAAAUGGCGGGUCCGGGGACUCCUGGAUCAAUUUGUCGCUCCGGUCCGGCGCAACGGCAAAAUGGCGGAUCCGGGGACUCCUGGAUUUGUCGCUCCGGUCCGGCGGAACGACAAAAUGGCGGGUCCGGGGACCCCUGAUUUUGAGGCUUCGUUGCUUCGAGGCUUCGCUGCUGCUUCGAGGCUUCGCUGCUGCUUCGAGGCUUCGCUGCUGCUUCGAGGCCUCGCUGCUUCGAGGCUUCGCUGCUUCGAGGCUUCGCUGCUUCGAGGCUUCGCUGCUUCGAGGCUUCGCUGCUGAGACGUUUCGAGGCCUCUUCGUUUCAAGGCUUCGCCGCUUAGAAGCUUGGGCGCUUUGUCUGCAUUUCAUUGUUGUUGUUUUUCGUUUCUAUUCUUUGUUUUCGUUUUUCGUUUCUAUUCUUUGUUUUCGUUUUUCGUUUCUAUUCUUUGUUUUCGUUUUUCGUUUCCAUUGUUUGUUGUCGUUUUUCGUUUUCAUUCUUUGUUUUUGUUUUUCGUUUCUAUUCUUUGUUUCUAUUGCGGAAUACUAUUAAAUAAUGGGUUUUCUCACCUUUCGCUAGUCAUUGUAGAGAUUUAUCUGCCGGGCAAUUCUUUCCAGCCCAUACAGCUGCAACUGCAAGCGGCCAAGGCGCUAGAACUCGUCGCGGCAGAGUCACGCGCCACGCCUGACACCAGAGAACGUGCUGACGAUGCCAGCACGUUCCGCCACUUCUGAACGGCUUCCGCGCCAACUUCCCCACCAACUUCUCCACCCACUUCGCACCAACUUCCGCACCAACAUCGCAACAGCUUCUCACCAACUUCUAUACUAUUUCAUGCAAAAAGAAAAGGUUGGAUUUAUACGAGUACGAUACUUUUGCACAGGAUAUUCCUUCCGGGGGAACAAAACUCGGGGAAGACCGAUUUUUUUGACCUGUCCUUGAUGAUGCCCCACAUGGGCGCGCCGGCAGUUGCAGAGGAUGUUGCUCAACAUCAUCGUCUUGGUGCAGUUCUACCACCGCAAGAAAUGCUGCCGCCAUCGUCCACAGAUGCGCCGCCCUCUGACGUGGCAAGCUCCGAACAAGACCACACGCACCUGGAGCACGAGCACGACACCACAUGCACCGUUUCGACGAACGACCGGGUCUGCCUGGAUUCUUGCUCCAGCACGACCUGCUCGGGAUCCUCGCCCGGCGGGGCAGCGACCACGACCGGCUCCCUAUUGUUCCUGGCGGGGGCAGCUUCAUCCGCGCAGACGGUUGUUCCGGUAUUUCAUCAACAAGAACUGCACCAGCAGCAGCAGUCGUACUAUUCGCGUGCCCUGCUGCUGAAGGUCCGCGAGCGCAUGGCGCUGCCGCUGCGGAAGCGUUGCAUCGUUCCGGGGACCGUCUUUCCCGAUGCCCUGGACGAAGGUGCGAACGAGACGCGGAAGAACCUGAAGAAGCUGCAUUUUUCUGACACUACAACGACAACAACCCCGGUGAUUUUUGACGCUUCGUGCGAUCCGCUGGAGGAGAGAGAGGUCGGCAAAGAAAACAAAGUGAACGAUGGCAGCAUGAUUCCCUGCACAGCAUCUGCCGCUCUCGACGUUGACACGAAAAAUCAUGCGCAAAUGUUUUCUUCCGACGGGGAUUUAUUUUGCGGCCCGAAACUACAGGUGCCGUGGAAAACCAUCCGCAAGACGCGCACUCCACUCGAAGAGCUGCGCGCCGAGAAAAUGCGGCAGAAUUGUAAUGCAGUCCGGUUGAGCCGCGAGUCUCUGUUUCAGGAGGAUCGUCGCGUCAACAUGGUCAUGGAUGCCGCGAUGAACAACGUGCGGGAGGAUAAUGAUAACGGUGACGCCCGCCUCCGCAGCGACCCUGCUGGAGGUGCGAAGCAGCCCUGGAAACCGCGGUCGCUGUUGCAGAGAAAGGCAGAACAAGCUGCGAAAAGUGAUCAGUUGGGUUUCCGCCAGGCGGAAAUGAAUGGCCGAACCCUCGGCGGGGGCGGCCGGACCAAUACGGACUCCAAGCGGUUUGGCGACGAAACGCCGACGGUCUCGUCCGAGAGCGGGUACGGUACGAGUGCAACAACCAUGUCGAUCAACGGAGCGCCAGUGCGCACGCUGCCACAGUCUGAUCUGUGCGGAUACGUGCCCGGAUACGUCGAACGCAGCAAGAAAACCUGUCACGGUUCUUUCUUCAAGCGGAAUCGCGCCAACGUGACUUCUCACUCGUGGCGUCGCGGAAGUGCGCAGGAUGCCGCGGAUCGAGUCGCGCAGUGAGCCGCCCCUGUAUGAGCUUCGGUUUGGAGCUUGGAAGCAGUGAGGCGGAUAAUUCUAUUGUGCCUGUGCCCGUCGUCGUGCAGACAUCAGACACAGACGAGAAGCGAAGCAGUUCAAAAUGGUAAAAUAGACGUGGUGAUAUUCCUAGAUAAUUUUUGGAAAAUUUUUUUCAUAGUCGUGCUUCAAAGAUGCAAAGACCAUCAAGUUAGUACCCCUUCGCUAAUUUCUAGUAGCGUUGAAGAUGCGUGAUAAUAGAGCACCGUGUUGAUAAAUAAGUAUGUUUCUCAGAUGAAAUAAAAACUCUAGCAGCUGUCAUAGCCCUGCCCAUUAGCCACUUUCAAUAUGAGGACGAGCAAAGUUGUGAAGUGUGUUCCUUAGGUUAAUUUUCCGUUUCGAGUUCUUAAUGUUUUUCUUUUUUCAUUCGCGCAGCCUAGCGGUGCUUGACAACAAGCGGUUAGCCGACUCGGGGAUACAGACCAACCGCACAAAGUGAAUGUAACAAACAAGACAGACCACCUAACUAAGCUCCUCUUGCACGACUGUUUAUUCAGUUUUGACUGCGAUCGCUGGCUCUGCCGCCAAAGAAACACUUCCUCUGAGUCGCGCCAUUUCAUCGAUUUUGGAAUAGCAAAUCUAAAUUUAGUAGAUGCGAAAAAGCUGUAGCUAUGUCAAGAGCAUUUCCGGAAUCUCGUAUCAGGCAGAAGCAGAAGGAAGCGAUCUCGUCACGUCAGAUGCACGCGCGGCUUUCAAUACUUAGUUUCCUCCGACUCCGAGCUUGUUGAAGAACCACGACUGUAGAAAUUCAUUUAGUCGCCCGAGGUGC